GCCCCCAUCGUGCAUGCUUCGUAGUUACGCGUAAUGAUAGUUUGCGGCGUAUGUACGUUCGUGAGUUGACUAGUUGAUCGUUUAAUAUUUAUUCUUUUUUUUACGGGAAAAGCAUAGUUUGUUCGAAUCGAUUCUGUGUGUUGUAACGUGACAAGUGAUACCCGAGUGCAACGUUCCAAAUGCUUUUCAAAACGAUUCGCGUGACUUUGAUAUUUGUCGAGAAGCGUUAACAUUUGAAUUUAUUGGAAAUUUCGUCGGAAUCGAAAGGACUAUUAAAUAUUGAACGAAGAUUUAUCGAAAAGAAUGUACUUGAAAGAGGCGAGUAAACGGUCGAAUAGUUUGUCGGUUCACGCGUAACGGACGUACACCGUACGCGACCCAUUCGAAAUCUCGACAAGUAAACACGCAGCCUCGCGUUCAGGACGAAGUGGUUUGUGUUUGACGACAAAUAUUGCGAGGAUCGGUCAAGCUUGUUCGUCGACGUGUACUCGUAACCGACGAGAGUCUUUCCUCUUCCUUCUCCCGCGUAACAACACGUUUUUCCGCGAUCGGUAACGGAGCCGAGAUAUAUCGAUAUCCUUUGACGGCGAAACGUGUGCAUCGAUAUAUCGUGGGAACACGAUUUCCAUUCUGAGAAAUCGAUCAUGGCGGUUCUUGGAUUCGCGAAACGCGGGCUUUGAAGUGUUUUCUUCGUAAACUAUUUCUUCGAUGAAGUCUCGGAAAAUGACGACACCGGUGGAAUGUGGCCUGAUCGUUCUUUCGUUUCUGACCACGAUCUGCCAAGCCAACGAAUUGAAGGACUAUUGUUCCAUGCACAAAUUCGACAAUUUGCCAGGUGGUUUGAGAUUCACGAAGGAGGUCGUGUCGACGGAAUAUGCCAACAUCGGAACGUUCAAAGCCCUUCAUUGCUGUCUACGGGGCUAUAGGAGCAUCGAAUGGUACAAGGACAACAGGGCUUAUCCUUGGCCAGGUGGCGAGAGCCGUUUCAUCCUGUACCCGGAGAGCGCGAACCAGACGAUUUACGCGCAAAUGGUGGGAGCCUCGGAUGCGGGACGAUAUUCCUGUCGUGCUAGAAACGAUACGACCAUCCUCGAAGGAGACAUCACUCUCGCCGUUCUUGGAGAGAAAUUCGGCGGGUACACGGGGAAACCUCUGCCAACGUACAGGCCAGCUUCGCAAUUGGUACCCCUGGGAGGAGCGGCCAGAUUGUUUUGCGAAGCUUAUCUGGGAAAGGUCAAGCUCCCGGAUGCGAAGAAUUCGGUGGCCUGGUCGAAGAGCGACAGCAACAUCACUCUACCGAGUCACGGAAGAAUCUCUCAGCACAGGGUGUCCAGAGAAAACAAUCAGAUCAUCGGCUCUUAUUUGGAAAUCGAGGACAUAACUCUGGAAGAUUACGGGGAGUACAAGUGCGAAGUUAGCAACGGCGUGGACGAGGAGAUCACGUUACCCGCUCACGUUUACCGACAAGAACCACAGUUCGCGUUGGGACUUCAAAAUGGAUCCUGGAGGAAGUCGUUCCUGCUCGGCGUACUGGUGCUAGUUCUCCUGAUCUCAGCCGGCGCGUUUUACGCAAGAUGCUGGCUACCUUUGGUGCUGUUUUGUCGCGACAAGUUCGCUCCUCUCGAGGAGAACGAUGGAAAGGAAUGCGACGCGCUGAUCUGCUACCACGAAAAGGACGCCAACCUGGCUGUCGGUAUAGCGAUACCUACCCUAGAGACCAGACAUCGAUACAAGUGCACGCCGCUCGAGCUCUCUCACCUGAAUCAGAAUUGGAACCUGGAGAUCGGUCCGCACGCUGCCUCCUGUCGUAGGAUCGUUGUCGUGCUGAGUCCCGCGUCCCUGGAAAACGUUUGGAACGAGACGAGCGUUGGGACGAUUCUGAAACAGCUGUCGACGCUCGUGACGCGGACGAUAGUGAUCGUCACGAAAGAUAUACCGGACGUGGCGACGAUUGCGAAGCGAUCGACCCGAGGUUGCGAUACCGGUGAUCUUUCCCUGGAUCGUUUAAAAAUUUUGCAUUGGAACGAGGGUGGCGGGAGCGUCGGAGUCAUUUGCGGUGGUGGUGCCGGCGGCGGUGGCGGAAAUGGGGGUGGCGGUUCGAAUAAUCAAAAAUUCUGGUACCAGUUUAGACUAGCGAUGCCACCCGUUCGACCAAUCGGCGACGAGACCGGGUGCCAAUCGGUCGCUAUGAUCGUUCAAGCGAACGAAAAGUGCGGACAACAAAAGGCUCGGUCGCGCGAAAGUCUCGAGGUUCUUGUUUAAAUAGUCGAAAGUAUCGAAAAACGAGCGCGUACCAACUUUUCUUUCCCGCUUCCACGAACCCGCCGUUCGAAUGGACAUCGUUCGAGAGAAUUCCCGAGAAUUCCCGCUCGAUUUUUACGAUCGAUCUUGCGAGACUUUCCCAACGAACGGGAUGUUUCCUCGUAAAAUAUUCAAAUACGCGUAUAACUAUGUACGGAAAUUCCCAUUUUUAAUGUCUCGAAAUUGUCUUUAUUAUUUAUCGUUUAACCCUAUCGAAUGACGACGAGAAGAUCGUCUCGUUUCGUUUUGUUUGCAACAUUGACGAAUCGCUGGUACGCGACGAAACAUUUCUCGAUAUUUGUCCAUUGUAGCAUGAUAUACAUAGAAAAACCGAAACCGAGAAACGCGUAGUCUUCCUUCACGCGAGUGUUAAAAACUUUUAAACGGAUUCUAUCCGAAGCGAUCGGAUACAGUCCCUUUUCCGAAUUUUCAUUCAUUCCAUGCGUCAUGUUUGAUUCGUAUUAAAGGGAAUCGCUCUUCGAACGAGUACGAAUUGAAAAUCUAUACCCGACGAAAUUCUAUAUCUAUAUAUAUAUAAUCUUCGAUGGGUGCACACGUUUCUCAGUUCCUAGAAUUAUCCCAUACAACGUUCGUGCGUUACGCACUGUUGCGUUGCAGAGUUAGAGAAACGUUGCUUUGCUGCUAGAAAACCAGCUCGGGACGAAUUUCUUUUAAAGCGAGGCCCGACAGAGAAAAAAAAAGGAAACGAAUCUCAUUGUUUGCGUUGCGUAAUCACUCAUCGCUGGGCUUCUUUCCUCUGUUUGUAUAUAUUGCAUACUUAUCGGUGCUCUCUUAUUUAUUUAGCUAGUUACGUUUUAUUUAUAACCGUUAAAAUUGAUCGAUUUUCGUUAACGAAUCCGAAAACGCACGAGCAACGCGCAUCUACGUUUCCGGGAACACUUUUCUAAGCGUGUUUCACUUGUCAAAGAUACGUGACGAGAUCAACGAACGCGUAAGUAUUUUCUACUGUUUUGUAUAUACACGUACCAGAGGAAAAGGAUACAUACGUCAUAUACGACGCGCGCGCGCGCGCGUGUACACGCCAAUUUUUAUACUGUUCUUUGGGGAUCAUCGUUUCAUCGAGCGACUACUGGAGACUUAGAGAAUUGUAUCCGAGAACGUAACGAAAACGAUAAUACUAUACCUGUAAUUCUAAAAUAAUUAUCGCCUAUAGCCGGUGGUCUGUUUUAAUCUAUAAACGAAAUCGUGACGGAGAAAAGAAAAAUAUUUAAGGAAACUCGAGGGACCCUCGAGACAUAUCUGCCGCUCAACACCCGUUAAUAUAGAUUUUUCUUUAAAUCUCGCGUUGUUUCUCGUUUAACAUCGUUUUUAGAUUAAAAUGGAGCAUUCUCUUAAACCACGUAUUAUGUAUACCGUAGUUGUUAAUCGCGUAAUUGUACUUUAGGCGUCACGGACGGAUUCUCGCGAGGUGAGCUUAAUUUUAAUAUCGCAUAGUAAUCUCUUUACUGUCAGUAUUACAAUACACUAGUGUACUUGACUCGCGAGAACACGCUAGGACGAUCCGCGUCGCGAGCGAUCGUUGCGAGCCGAGUAAGCAGAGUAUAGACAUAGACGUUACACUCGUUUCUUCGUUUAGCAAUAAGAACUGAUACGACGGGGCAAGCGCGUCGUCUGAAACUUGUUCUUUCUUUCUUUCUUUUUUUUUUUUUUUUAAAUAGAUUCUGAAACGGAGAAUAAUCUAAGAAACGGAACAGAACGAAAGAAAUAUGGCAUGUUUGUUUUUCUUUAUCGUUUUGUGUCGUACCACUAGAAUCGACGAAUUGAAACUGUUUCUGUGAAUGUGGAACACGUUCGAGACACCCGUUAGAGGUACGCGUUCCAUGCGUAAAAACAUGUCUGAGUAAAACCCUGUGAACCAAAAAUUGAAACUCUGUUUCUUCUUCAUGCCGUCACAGGCUGCAGCGGAGAUUGUUGUUCGUGAAAUUCAAUAAAAAAAUAAAUAAAUAAAAAAAAUAAAAAACAAGAAUAUUUAUAUUUACAGAAAUCGUUUGAUUGUUACUUUUUAUCUUAAUUAUCGUAGAAAAUAAAUUACACUUCGAAAACAUGCUGAAACCACUGCCGAUUUAUUGUUAUGUAGAAACGUGUUUGUUGUACGGCCGUCGUUUAUUCGAGAGAUCUAAAGAGUGAUUUUGAGAAACCGUUUAAGGAAGAGAAAAAGACAUUGUAUUAUUAACAUAAAUAAUGCUCUAGAUCUAUAUUUUUCAUUUGUAAUAAUAAAAUUACAUAGGCACUUA